AUGGAUAAGAGAAAUAUUUUACAUAGUAGUAAAUACCGAAGUGGAGCACCUGAAUUAGAAAAUAAUGAAAAUCAACCUCCGCCAGUGCUUACAAAGACGAAAGUUAUUGACAAGGCAGUGGAGGGUGGACAAAAGUCACUUAAUUUUGGAUCUAAUGUGAGUAAAAUAAAGGAAAUGUUUCAAGCAGGUGGAUCUGGUACUGGUCAAAGUAAAUCCAUCUUAACACCACCACCUUCCGUGGAUGUUGAUCGUUCUCCAGUAUCUAAGAAGCAGAAAAUGAGUAAUUCACCUGAAAGACGUAGAACUGUUUCAGAACCUAAGUUAGACAAUGUUACUCCUGAGCAACCAGAUCCAACUCUAUUAGAAGCCACAAAUCAUGUUCAACGAUUUAAUUACACUAGGGCUUUAUUUGCUCGAAUGGAAGCUGAAAACACCCAAACAGAUGGUCAAUCAAAACCCAAAACAGGAUAUCGAAAAUCUUCACCCAGUCGUGUUCUGCCACGUUCACCUGUGCUGUCUCCGUUAUCUAGUGGACCUACCAGUCCCGAACCCAAAUCAUUUUCUACAUUAGACUUUUCCACAUCAUCACGUUUGUCUCGUAGGGACAUAAGUUCAAAUAGUUUAGCAGCACCAUCUAUCUCUCCAAGAGAACGCUCAAAUAGUGAUCAAUCAAGAAAUCGUGGUUCAAGAGAUUAUUCAAAUCGUUCUCGUAACACUAGUGAUUCAAACAGUGAAACAACAGAAUCGCUCAACAAUUCUGAGGUUACACGAAAAAUAUCUAGCUCUUCAGAAGCAAGCUCUCAUAACAGUCCUCGUUCAGUGACCUCAGAUUCAGCCGUGGAAGAAGGGACAAUUACAAAAACAUACUUACGAAAAAAGUUGCAAAAUGAACAAGUAGAAGAGGGAAGUAGAGAUAGGACUGGAAAGGUAUUCACCAGUCUUAGUAAGAACAAUAACAAUUCUUCAGAACCAUCAGAUGGAUCAAAAACUGGCUCAAAUGUUUCCCCAUUGGAUCGUGUUGGUAAAUUAAAUUUACGAUCAAAUUUAAAUCAAAAUCAAAACGAGGCAUCAAACCGACUGGGACACAGAUCUCGAUUAAGUCUUGAUUCCACUUCAUCACAUUCCAAAGACUCAGAUCAAAGGGAAACUUCCUGUGUUAAAUUACGCACUGGUAGUACCAGAUCAGAUGUUGAACCAAACCGUAGACUAAGUCGUGAUGAUAUUCAGGCUGCUAUGGCUAAAGCAGAUGCGUAUUUGGCUCACUUAGGUGCCCCUAAAUCUAGUACCACUGACUCUCCUAAUAAGAGACGAUCAUGGAAUCCUCAUGAAGCACAAAAUGAGAUAUCUUCCUCUAAUAAACGCCGCUCUUGGGAUCCACGAGACUUUCAUGGACACAAGACAUCGACAGAAGAACAUUCAGCUGACAAUGUGAAUACCUCGGACGUAGUAAACAGAAUGAAACCUUCACAAGCUGCUCCUAUUCAAAGCAAAAUGAACAAUGGAUCUUUAACUAAAGACUCUGACAUAGAAAUAGAUGAUAGUAUUGUAUCUGUGAAAACACCUUCUUUAACAAAACCAAUCCCUGUCCCCAAACGCACUGCCCCACCACCUCCCUCUAAACCUCCACCAUACAAUAGUUCUGUUUCCCGACCGUUAGCCCCUCCCCCUCCAGCUCCUAAACCAGGAUUACGAGAAGAAAAGAAGAAGGUAGAACCAGAAGUGUCAACUAGUGAAUCAAUGGAUUAUGAAAUGUCUAAUGGUGAAACUACAUGGCCACCCAAUAAUGACCCACCAGCUUAUAAAGGUCAACAACCACCAUCAUAUGAAGAAGCUACUAGAGAGGCUGAUGCUGUAAUGAUAGUAGAAAAUACUGACCUCAAUACAAGGAACUAUGUCAAUAUAAUUUAA